AUGGAAGGCUCAGCUGCGUGCGCAGUAAGAAAACUAAGCUUCCAGGCGGCGCACGGGGAGGCGCCUCCGAAACCGUCAACGUCGCAGCAACAGCCAAAACCGCCUCUACAGUGGAACAAGCUGUUCAAAAAAAAUUACGAGAUACCAGCACGUGUUGAGGGCGUGAUCAAGGAGUCUGACCCCAGUUUCUAUAAAAUGGUGGAGUACUUCUACCAUUUUGCCGUGAAAGUGGCAGAACCGUCACUGUUAGAAUACUUACAGAAACACGCUCAUUUCUCUGAUAAGAAGAGGAAGCAAAGAGUUGCCGGCAUUUUAAAGGUCAUGGGAUCCUGCAACAGCUCGCUUCAGUUCGAGUUUCCUUUGCUGCGCAAGAAUGGUGACUACGAAAUAGUGAAGGGCUAUCGAUCACAGCACAGUGUACACCGUCUUCCUUGUAAAGGAGGUAUAAGAUUUUCGGAUGCAGUGAAUUUGGAGGAAGUAAAUGCGCUUGCUGCACUUAUGACUUACAAGUGCGCAUGCUCUAACAUACCAUUUGGUGGCGCCAAAGGAGGGGUCGCUAUAAAUCCGAAAAAAUACACUGUAGCUGAAUUGCAGAGAAUUACUCGGAGGUACACAUUGGAGCUUGCGAAAAAGAAUUACAUUGGUGCGGGGAUAGAUGUGCCGGCGCCAGAUGUAAAUAUUUCCGGGCGGGAAAUGUCCUGGAUAGUUGAUACGUACAUAAAAACUUUGGGGCAUAGGGAUCUGAACGCCGCAGCCUGUGUGACGGGCAAGCCUCUCAACGGUGGCGGCAUCCACGGCAGGGUCGAGGCGACCGGUCGUGGCGUCUUCCUUACCACCACGAUAUUCAUCUACGAUGAACACUAUAUGAACAUGAUCGGACUUCAGCCGGGCUACAAGGACAAAACCGCUAUAAUCCAAGGCUUCGGAAAUGUGGGUGCUUACACCGCAAUGUACCUUGAGGAGCAUGGGGUCAAGGUGCUCGGAGUGCUCGAAUUCGAUUGCAAUCUUAAGAACCCUGACGGUAUUAACACUAAGGAGCUCCAUUAUUAUAAAAGGAAAAACAAAGGCAGCGCCAAGGGGUUCACGGGCGCGACUGAAUGUGGCCCCGAGUUAUUGUUUGAGAAGUGCGACAUCUUGGUUGCUGCUGCUAUGGAGAAGAUGUUGACCCAGGAGAACGUUGGCAAGCUUAAUUGCAAGAUUAUCGCGGAGGGCGCAAAUGGUCCAACUACACCUGCAGCUGAUUUGAUUUUGCGAGAGAAAAACGUUCUGGUAUUGCCCGACCUACUAACCAAUGCCGGUGGCGUGUGCGUCUCAUACUUUGAAUUCCUGAAGAACUUGAACCACGUCAGUUUCGGCAAACUGAGCAUCAAAUUCUGGAGGGAUUCCAACACUGCUUUACUGGAUUCGGUGGAGCAGUCGUUAAAGAAGGCCAACAUAAGUGCGAAGAUUGCGCCAACACCGAAGUUCCAGUCGCUUAUGUCGGGGGCAGACGAAGAGCAUAUCGUUAACUCGGGCUUGGAAUUUAAUAUGGAGAAUGCUUGCCGAAACGUGAAACGUGCUGCCAUACAACAUAAACUGGGCCUGGAUAUUCGGACUGCUGCCUAUGUAACAGCUAUCGAGAAAAUAUUCGUCACUUAUGACGAGCACGGGCUUGCCCUUUGAAUUAAGCCAACAGAAUUAUGUUAUUGAAAUGAUGUUGUAAGU